CUUGAACGCGCCCGUUGAAUAUAUUAUACACAUGUUCAGCCCCUUCGUCUACAUCAUCUGCGAAGUUUCCAAAUUUCAACAAACCCUGCGCACUGAAACAUCUUUUCCAUCUGCCACCUCCUAUAAAAUUCUAUCCCAUCCAACGAAAGUUAUCCUGCCCACACCAUGAGAACCUUCACAGCCCCUUUUCUGGUCCGAGUGCUUGCCACUCUUCAUAGUGCGCAGGUCACUGCAGCCCUUGUUGAACCUGACCUCAGCUCAACGGAUGUUGCUGCCCCCGCCGACACCGAGAUGCAGCGCAUCGAUAUCAAGGUCGAUUGCAAUGAGUUGCUCAAGCAGGUACUUGAGGGCGUCAGCGCCUACCCACAGUACUCCAGCCAGGCCGUCGCCGUGGGCAAGAAGGCUGGCCCAAGCGCUUUCACUGCGUGGGCUGCCUGCAAGACGUUCAGAGUCGAAGCCAUUGAUUGCAACUACCUUGCAGGCUCCAUCGCCGGCGCCAUCACGACGGCCAUCACCUGGGGCUUCAUCGAUCUCAAGGAUGAAGGUGCCGAAGCCGUCAACCCUGGACGAGCUGCUGUCAUCAAUGACAAGUUGCAUCUGGAGCUGCAGGGCCAGUUGGAAGGACUGCACGUGGCUUACGACUUCAUCGAUAUCGACGUCCAGAACAGCACUACACUCACCGGGAGGACCGCGCUGGCGCACCAUGCAGAGAUCAGGGGUGCCCGGUUCCCUGAUGCACCAAUCGCCGAUUAUUCCCUGCUCACGUCAGCCGAAGGGGGCGGCUACGUUCGCGCAACCCCUCUCGUCAGCGGUCCCAUUGGCCGGCGGGCGGGAGGAGGCGGAUUCAAAGUCAGCUUCGAGGUGUUCAAUCGUUCGGGAAGUCCAAGCCCCGGGGCUGCUUCUCCGUUUGGUAAGGUCAUAGCAAGUGAUUGGAGUAACCGCGUGGCUUCUCAGCACGACAUUGGAGAUUAUAUCGGCGUUGUCGACUUUGGUUAUUUGGGUUACAUUCAACUCCGCAUCAUUCCUGAAUCCGGCACGGUUGAUAAUGCUUUUGAGAGUGUGGAAGUCUGUGCAGCUUAGAUAGCAAACGAGUUCUAGCCGACUUAAAAUAUAGAUUGAACUCAGGUU